GUAAUAAUCUUGAAUCCUACAGCGUUGUAUCAUAUAAUAUAGUGCAUCUCGGAACGGAGCCGUCAGUACUACAAAUGAUUCACGAGGAAUUACGUCGUUGAAUAUGACUGAGUGUCUAUAGUUUAUUCGCGUAGGAGAAACUAAGUUGAUUCUAAUCAAUAUAUGCAGCUGUAGUAAAUAAUACAAUAUCGCGUUGGAUGCAAAAGUUUCAAGGACAUUAUCCUCAUCCCUUUUUGUUUGCUACGAAAAAUCAAUAAAAAUUGAAAUGGCUACAACUUUCGAAAUAUUAUGCACAGUUGUUGCAGUUACCUUGGCAUUGUACUAUUAUCUAACAUCAACUUUCAAUUUUUGGAAAGAACGAGGUGUAGCCGGUCCAAGGCCAUAUCCACUUAUAGGAAAUAUCGGAAAAACGAUCAUAGGAAAAAUAUCUAUGGGAGAUUAUUUGAAAGAACUUUAUGACAAACCUGAGUUUAAAAACGAACCAUUGAUUGGCAUAUUUACAAGGAGAACUCCUAUCCUGAUCGUAAAAGAUCCUGAAUUGAUUAAAGACGUCCUCAUAAAAGAUUUUUCGAAGAUUUCGGAUCGUGGAAUUACAGUAUUCGAAAAGGUAGAACCAUUAUCGCAACAUCUUUUUAGUUUGGAACCAAAAAGAUGGCGACCAUUAAGAGUGAAACUUUCUCCAAUUUUUACUUCGGGUAAAUUAAAGGAGAUGUUUAAUUUAAUAUUAGAAUGCGGGAAUCAUUUUGAAAAUUAUAUAGAAAAACUUGUGGCAAAAGACGAACCGAUCGAGUGUCGUGAAUUAACAGCAAAAUUUACUACGGACGUUAUCGGUAGUUGUGCGUUCGGAUUAGAAAUGAAUUCGAUCGGCGAUGAAGACAGUGAAUUUCGUAAAAUGGGACGAUCGAUCUUCGAAGUUAAUUUUCUAAAUGUAUUAAGAACUAGACUUAGAAAUGCGGCACCGAAGGUUUACAAAUUUAUGGGCUAUAUUCUUCGACGAGAUAAAGUUACGAAAUUCUUCCAAGAAUUGGUAAUAAAUACUAUAAAUUAUAGGAAGGAACACGAUAUCGUGAGAAACGAUUUCAUUAAUCUUCUUAUGAAAUUGAAAGAUGAUCCAGAAAAAUUAAACGGAAUUGAAUUCACUGAUGAUCUUCUCGCUGCACAAGUCUUUGUAUUUUUCCUCGCGGGCUUUGAAACAUCGUCUACGACAAUGAGUAACGCUCUUUAUGAAUUAGCUUUGAAUCCUGAGGUACAAGAUAAGUUACGACAAGAAAUUCACGAAGAAUAUAAAACACACGGGGAGACAUUGAAAUAUGAAAAUAUUAAAGAAAUGACUUAUUUGGAUCAAGUAUUUCGCGAAACAUUAAGGAAGUAUCCACCUGCAACAUUUCUUAUGAGGAAAACUAUAUCGGAUUAUACGUUCGAAAGUAAUAACGUUUCACUACCGAAGGGUACGAGAAUUUGGAUACCUGUCUAUGCCAUUCAACGGGAUCCAGAAAUUUUUCCUUCACCGGAUGCCUUUGAACCUGAAAGAUUUAGUCAUGAAAAUGAAAAAACAAGGCAUUCAAUGACUUAUAUACCUUUUGGAGACGGUCCAAGAAAUUGCAUUGGAGCCAGAUUCGCUGUAUAUCAAAGUAAAGUAGGAUUGAUAAAAAUACUGAGGAAAUUCAAAGUCGAAACUUGCGAAAAAUCUCCAAUUCCUUAUAUAAAUCAUCCAAAUUCAUUAAUUUUAUCUCCAUUGAACGGAAUGCAUCUCAAAUUAAAAAAAAUUGAAAGCAAUGAAAAUAAAAUUUAAAUGAAUAUAUUAAUCUAUUUAUGUCGUCUUGAUGACGGAUAUAAACAUGUGUAUACAGAUAUUUUGUAUUAUUUAAUUUUCGUUCAUUUUAAUAUUAAUGGAACUGUUGAUUGUUAAAAUAAAGAAUAUAGGUUUAUUACUGUUUA